AUGAAGCACCUCGCCGCUUACCUGCUCCUCGCCCUCGCUGGCAACGAGUCCCCCUCCGCUGCCGAUGUCUCGGCUGUCCUCUCCUCCGUCGGCAUCGACGCUGACUCUGAGCGCCUCGAGAAGCUCAUCGCUGAGCUCCAGGGCAAGAACCUCCAGGAGCUGAUCUCUGAGGGUUCUGCCAAGCUCGCCACCGUUCCCACUGGUGGUGCCGGUGGUGCUGCCGCUCCCGCCGCUGCUGCUGGCGGUGCUGCCGAUGCCCCUGCCGCUGAGGAGAAGGAGGAGGAGAAGGAGGAGUCCGAUGAGGACAUGGGCUUCGGUCUCUUCGACUAA